AAGUGACGCCAUUGUCCGCAGCGACAGCUGAUGUGCCAAGUCUUCCGCUCCAGAGCCGCUUCCGCUCCUUCUCCAAAGUGCUCUUGAUAGACUUCAUUUUAAUUUGAUAAAGACAGCCAAUAUGUUGCACAGGGAAAGAAUACCGCUGCUAUGGUUUUUCUUUCAGGCUGUGGUCGUCGUGGCGUGGUGUUUCACUGAUAUGGAAACGGGGCCUGGCGCAGGUGUAUCGACACAGCCGAACGGUGAUCGGUUCAAAAUCGAGGGAAGAGCGAUAGUUCCGGGGUUGAAAACACAAGACUGGGUGUCCACGGCCAGAAUCCUGGUGGAAGGUGAAGAAUACGUGGGCUUUUUGAGAACUGAUGGAAGUUUUGCUGUGAAUGACGUGCCCUCAGGAUCCUACGUUGUGGAAAUUGUCACCCCGGCCCAUAGAUUUGAACCCGUACGGGUUGAUAUCACAUCCAAGGGCAAAAUGAGGGCGCGUCUUGUGAACUACAUCAAGACUUCAGAAGUGAUUCGCCAGCCAUAUCCCCUUCAAGUCAGGGCUAAUGGCCCUCACACCUACUUCAUGAAGAGAGAAACCUGGGGCUGGACAGACUUUCUCAUGAACCCAAUGGUUAUGAUGAUGGUUCUGCCCCUGCUGAUCAUUGUUCUACUGCCCAAGGUGGUCAACACCAAUGACCCAGAGAUGAGAAAGGAAAUGGAGCAGUCCAUGAACAUGCUGAACCCCAACCCCGAGCUUCCAGACGUCUCUGAGCUCAUGACCAAGCUCUUCUCCGGCUCCAAGGGCUCCAGCAAGGCAGGCAGCAGCAGCAGCAAGGGCACCAGGCCAGCUGUCAAGAGGAGGUAGUACUGUACCAUAGUCCACUCAGUCUGUCUAAAAAAGCUUGAGUUAUGCCAUGGAAGCAAGAUUUUUAAGUGGCAUUUUCCCCCUCUGGGUCUAUUGUACAGUUUUCUUUAUUAGAUGUUUUAAGCACAUCUUGAUUUCUAAUAUGCUAUUGGAAACUGAGAAAAAAUAAGAUUUCUUUUUCAUAUUGCACCGAUUGAAAUUUCUUAAACCCCUGCAAAAGCUGUUAUCCUUCAUUUGCUCUAUACUUUCUACAUGUAGCUCUACUACUCAUCCAUCUUUUCUGUGCUAACCCUCUGGUGUGCAUUUCCACUGCUGCUAACUCCACUACCUGAAAGAGAACAAUAUAUAAAGAGUUUUUCUUGCUUUUUUCGAUUUCAGUAAUGUGAUUGUGAAUGAAGAUUAAUUGAAUUUUAAGACUGAUAAAUUCUUAUUUAAAAGCCUAGAUAAAUAAAUUGCAAUGGUAUAUAACAACUUUGUUUUUAUUUGAGACCAUCUUAUUUGUUUGAGAGUGAACACAUGGCCUUCUCAUUUUUUGAAUUACUGUGUGGUGUACUGUAUGGCCAGAAUUCACAUACUGUACGUUGCGUGCCUAAGCUGUAUAAAUUAAAAUGGCAAUAAUUGGCAGUUCAAAUGAUGAAAGAGCUGUGUGGUUGCUUUCAAGAUCUCUAGAGUGUAACUUUUAAUAAAGCAACAGUAAAGUCCAUAUUAAAGUCACAAUAAAAUGUG